ACUAUUUAAUAUUUUGUAUUUAAUAUUUAAAAUUAAAAUUAAAAUUAUUUUUUAAAUUUAUAAAAAAAUAUAGAAAUAUAAUCGUUAUAUUUAAGAAUUACUAUAUUUUAGAAGCAAUAUUAUUAUUAUUUAAUUUAUUGUAAAUUUUUAAACUUGAGUUUUAUUUAUAUAUAAAACUAUUCUUAUACUUGUAAUACACGUGGCACUCUUAACCUAAAAAGUAAACGAUUCUAAUAUAAUGUUAGUAAAAUUAUUUUAUGUUUCAUAAAAUUGUAGAUAUCGGAAGUUUAUUUAUAAAAAAAGUUUUAAUAAUUCAGAAGUAAACAUUCAAUAUGCGGAAUAUAAGUAGAACUGACAAGAAGAAACUUUCUUGGAUAUAUAGAAAGAAAACAAAAUUACAAAAAUCAAACGAAUCAACACAAAAUAUAACUGAUAAUAUAGAUGAAAAUAAGAAACCUAGAAUUAUUGUUCGUAAUAUACCAUUUAAGGCAACUAAAGAAGAUGUAAAAAAGUUAUAUGAAUCGUUUGGUGAAAUUUUAGAAAUAAAUUUUCCAAAACGUAUUGAUGGUACAUUAGUUGGAUGUUGUUUUAUUCAAUUUAAACAAUUAGAAGAUGCAUCAAAAGCAAUAUUUAAUACAAAUAAAAAAGAAUUUCUUGGUAGAGUAAUAUCUAGUGGUUGGGCUGUUUCAAAAUCAAAAUAUUGCGAAAAAUUGAAAAAAGAAUCAGAAAAUUUAAAUGAUAAUGAUCAUGCAGAUGAAAAUGGAGAGGAAAAUAAAAAUGAAAAAUUCAAAAAUAAAGCAAAAAAGAAAGAUAUUGGAAAAAAAGAUCAAUCUAAACAAGAAAAAUUGUUAUAUGCAAAAAAGGAGAAAAGAAAAUGGUUAAAAGAAAAGAAUCGAAAGAAAAGAGCAAGAGUUGUAGUUAGAAAUUUAUCAUUCCAAGCAAUGGAAGAAGAUUUGGAAAAACAUUUUUCUCAAUAUGGCACAAUAGAAGAAAUUAAAAUUUUGAAAAGAGAAGAUGGUACAAAAAUAGGAUGUGCAUUUGUUCAAUUUGAACAUGUACAAAGUGCAGCUAAAGCUAUACAUUAUGCAAAUUUAAAACCACUUUUAGAUAGACCUAUUAUAGUUGAUUGGGCUAUACCCAAAAAUAAAUUUUCUAAGAAUAAUUCUGAAAAUAUAAAUCAGGAAGAUGAAAUAAAAGUAAAAGUAGAGAUAGAAAGUGACGUAGAAGAUAAUAUAGAUAAUAUAAAAAUUAAUUCAAAUGAAGAAUUAAAUGUUGAAGAUGAAAAACAUGAUAUUGUUACAGAAAAUGAUGAAUUUAGUAGCUAUGAUUUAGAAGAAGUAGAAACAGAAAAUGAUGAAAAUGAUCAAGAAAAUGAAGUUAAAGAACAAAAACAGAUGGAUAUAAAGGUAAAAUAUCCACGUUUUGAGUCUCACGAUGUUUCUGAAGGAAAAACUGUAUUUUUGAAAAAUGUACCAUUUUCUGUAAAGAAUCAUGAAUUAAAAAAAUACAUGGAACAAUUUGGGCCAGUUUAUUAUGCUCUUGUAUGCAUAGAUUCAUUGACUGAAUAUUCAAGAGGAACAGCAUUUGUUAAAUUUAAGAAAGUUGUAGAUGCUGAAAAGUGUUUGUCAGCAGGAAAUAAAUUGCAAAUGGAAGAUCAAAUACUUGAAGCAUAUAGAGCCUUAGAUAAAAAUGAAGUUGAAAAUAAAGAAAAUUUAAAACAACAUAAACAAAAGGAUUCUAGAAAUUUAUAUCUUAUAAAAGAAGGAGUUGUAUUAGCUGGAAGUCCAGCUGCUGUUGGAGUUUCAGCAGCAGAUAUGGCAAAACGAUUACAAAUAGAACAGUGGAAAUCACAAAUAUUACGAAAUUUAAAUAUGUUCGUAUCAAGAGUGCGACUCGUUGUUCAUAAUUUACCACCUACAUUAGACGAUUUUAAAUUCAGAAAAAUUUUUGAACGUCAUAGUCUUCCCACUACGAUCAUUAGAGAGGCACGUGUUAUGCGAGAUAUAAAAGAUGUGGAUAUUAAAGGAGUGGGAAAAUCGAAAGAAUAUGGAUUUAUUUCAUUUACGAAACAUGAAGAUGCACUUCAAGCUUUGAGAAAUGUAAAUAAUAAUCCAAAUAUAUUUACGUCUAAUAGGAGACCAAUCGUGUCAUUCUCGAUAGAAAAUCGGAUUAUGGUAAAUGCUAAGCGAAAGAGACUUGAAAAAAGUCGGGAGAAUAAUCCUCUUUGGACGGGGAAUAAAAUGAAAAGAAAAAAAGAAAAUACGAAUGAAGAAGUUCCAGAAAAGAAAUUAAAAACUGAAAAUGUAGAUGAGUUUAAAAAACCAUAUGCUGGAAUGAUUGGAAAACCUGGUGUAAAUAAAUUGCGAUCGAAACAUAAUUUAAAAACUCAAGCAAUAGUGCAUAAUCGAGCAAUAAAAAAAGAAAAAAUUAAAAAAUUAUCUAAAAAAUUAGAUAUGAAAAGAAAACAAAAAAUUAACGAUCAAAAUAAAAUCAAGCCAAAACAAAAGACAAAAAUAAACCACAAUGACAUAAAUUUGGAGAAACUUGUAAAUAAAUAUAAAGAUAAAUUAAAAUCGAUAGAAUUGAAAAAAUCUAAAUGGUAUGAAUCAUAGAAUCUAAUUAAUAUA